UCUUAGUUUGAUACUGGUUCGGAAUAAGACGGAAAAGCUUAUUCUUCUUGUUUGCCCCCCCCCGCAAAAUAAUUGCAGUUCCUCAUCGCUGUUGUUUCUGGAAUCAGAGAGUAAAUCGCAGAUGUCGAAAACGUGCGUAGCGAAGCCCGGUUUGUCUUUUGCCAUUUUUGCCAUGGGGUCUGGUCCUCACAUCCCUGUGGUGAACAGCCAAGGAGGCGUCCCAGUUCUGCCGACAGUUGGCUGGUGCCCCCCAGGUCCUGUGGAGAGAUCCCAGCCAUCGGCACGUACCUGCAGAGCCCCCAAACCAACGGAGACCCGAGGGGCCCCUCCGAAGCACAGAGCACCCUCCUUCUCACGGGAAACACCCCAAAGGACGUGUCCGGUGUGGCCAGGAAUGCCCACCUCAACCAAGAAAAGGAAACUGCUUUCUGAAAACCAGCUCAGUCACCUUGACGCAGAAUUGCACAGCCCGUUUCCCCAUGACACUGGAACGUGGCGGGUCAGAGACACUGAUUUCCCACAUCCACGAGCUGAAGACUCAGAGAGUCGCCAUUGUGUUUUGCGGGGGCACAUGCAACAACUCCGAUUAUUGGCAACUACGAUAAAGACAACGAAGCUGAGAGCGAAGCCGUGGCCACGCAGCAGCACGGGGCCAGGCCUCAGCUGCCCCCAGCCAGGGACUUCUGGCUUUCACAGUUGCAUAUUUGGAUCCACGGUGGGUUUCCUAACUGGAACACUGACUUUACUAGGGAAACGCGGUAUGGGAACGCGCGUCCUUCGUUGCCUGCCAGAACUAGCUGCAUCGCAAGACCCAGCUCCCGAGAGGCAGCCAGGGCUGGGAACAUUAAACCGAACCCCCAAAUGUUUCUUCCCGGGGAACGCCCUGGUGACAGGGGCCGUGCCGGGGAGGGGCUGA